AUGAGACAUAAUACUCAAUUACCUCCAAAGCAUAAUUUUAAUUCCUCAUUUAAUUAUGAUUGGGAUCUAAUGAAUAAGAAAAGAGAGAUUGAAAUGCUUAGACCCAGAGAAAUAUGUCCAAAACGCAAUCAUUCAUUUCAUACUAGUUCAAAUGAUUGUGAUAAAUCCAUACAUAAUCGAUCUUUUGAGAAAUCAAUGCAGGAAACAGAAAAGGUGAGUUCAAGAAUGCAAAAUGAAUUUGGCUAAUUGAAGACUCUCAUUUAAAAAAAGCGUGAUGAGAUUGAAAAAUAAUAGAGACAAUAGGAUCUCAAACUUUCGAUAUCAAUUCCCUAACAAAAAGUAAAGGAAGAUGUAAGAAAAUAAAAGGAGGAAACACCUUAAUUCAAUUACUAUUAAACAUUCAAACCCAUAUUUGCAUAAUUAAAUUCAUUGAUUGAAAAUUCCAACACUAAAGAGUAAGAAAAGCAAAGAUUGGUUACAUUGUUUGAUUCAAUUGAUUAAGAGUCCAUUAAACAGAGCAAUGAACCAGAACAAAUGUAUUAAUUGGUUGAACAGUUAGUCAAAGAAUUUGUAAUUCCCACUUUAGAAUAAUAAACUCCAACUCAAUAAAAUUCAAAGCGAAGUUACUUGUAGACACAAUCUUCUAAUUUUAUUAAGCAAUUGCCAUAUCAUUAGUAAAUACCCAAAUCCAUUGAGCAAUCAAUAAAUUAUAAGAAUGUGUUUGAAUUGCAAUAUCAAAAUCCCCUUUAAUUUUAUUCCUAAAUAAAGAACAAUGAGAGUGGGUAUUAUGAAUAUUGUAUGAAUGAUUAAAUUGUUACAGGAGAGUCGAUAAACAGCUUCAACAUCUCAAAAUAGUAGUCAUGUGCACUAAAGAAUUAAUAAUCGAAUGUGAAGGUGGAUUAUAGAUAAAUUAAAUAGUCCUUGAUUUAACAGUAGAUUUAUAGUCUUGAUGAUUAAUAUACUCUUGUUCCGGUAACCCAUUUUAACAGGAAAGUAAUCUACGCUUUGAAUUACCAAUCUUCGUAUUGUAGAUAGAUUUAACAAUACAUUGGAUUAAGUGUCAGUAAUCAAUAAUGCAAAUUAGAAUUGGGUAUGAAUAAGCUCAAUAAGAUUGUAUUAUUAUAGCAGAGGAUGAAAAGGUCGAUGGUUCUUUAGAGAAUGAAAUAGUUUAUGAAUUAAUUGAGGAAUUUAAAAAGGCUGAUUCAAUAAGUUGGAUUUAGAAGGUUGAAAUAAUACUACAAUUCUACGAAAAAAUCAUAGAGUGUCAAUAAUAAUCUGUGUAAGUUGAUUCUUUAGGCAGCCAGACAAGUAAAAAAGAAUCAAAGGAAUCACGCAAUAUAAUUGUUUAUGGUAUUGCAAAAGUACUAAAAUAGAGUGAAGUGUAAUGCUAUUAGGUAAUUGAUUGGGAAUGACGAUCUGAUUAUCAUGUUACAGGCAUUAUAAUCAGAGAAUUCUAUUGAGAUGUAUUUACAAUAGGUAACUUAAUUGAUGGGUGAAAAGUUAGCAGUGUCCAUUCUCAAUAUUGAGAUAUUGUCAUUGACUUCCUAUUUACCUGAAUAUGGCUUGAUACAAGAGUAUUUUGAGGACAUUGAUGACAUCUCUUAAUUCAACACUCUUUAUUAACUAACACUAAAUUUAAAUACAGAAUUAACUAAUAAUUUGAAUAUCGAAUUCGAGAAUCGACACAUUUGGAAGGUGAAUGAUGAAAUAUUCUUAAUAACCUCAUCAAAUAUGUAAACUCAAUAUUUGAGUAAGAUAGCACUAAUUUUAACUAAUGGUAUCAAUAGUUUAAGAUAGAAAUAUUUGGAGUUUUUUAAAUUUAUAAGGAUGAGAGCAGAAUAACAUUAAUAGAAAAUGAAGUCUAAAUUUUUCAAUAGGUGGAGGAUCAAUCAAAGUGUAUUUGUUGAUUAGUUAAGAAAUGAAUUGGCUUGUUCUUAAUAGGAGUAAGAUCAAUAAUAAAGAUUAAUUUAUUAAUAUGAAUUAGAAUUGCAGAAUAUGCAAAUAUAAAAUGCAUUGAAAUCUAAGUGUUUAAGUAGUGCCAUGUUGGAAAACACCUUAUCUAAGAGAGAGAACUAGUUAUCAUUGAAGGAGACAUUCUUUAAAUUGUGGAGGAGCAGAAACACAAAUGGAAGACAUCUUGAGUAGAGAGUGCAAACAGGAUUAUAUUUAUUGGAAUAGGCAAUUUGUAAGAUUGAGAGAUCAUAAUUGGACAAGGCAUUUAGAGAGAUUGCAUUUUCAUACACUCAACCUGCAUAAACCAUACCUACUAGUCCAGUAUUAAAGAAUACUAAGAGGAGUUUUCAUACUAGAGAGUAGACUAGGAGAAGCCAAGAGGAAUUAGAAUAAUCGGUUUUGUGGGAUGUACAUCAAAUGAAGAUUCACUCUCCAAAUGGGCACAAGGGAUAAUCAUUAUCUCCAAUCACUGCUCAUACUGCUAACCAAUCUUUUCUGAUAGAGAAUGAGUCUUUGUAUCAAUAUCAUUCAUAAAGAUGUACUCAAUAGCCUAAGAAGAAGGCCUAGUAAUAGCAAUCCUCGCAUCUUGAUUAAGAGAAUGUGCAAUCGCAGAACAAAAUCUAUUCUCAAAGAACUAAGGAUUUUGUUCGUAAAAUAGCUUAGCCAAAAGAAUAAAACCAUAGGAGAAUAAAUUCAACACAACCAGGAAGUUCUUUUUCAUUUUAUGAUUUAUAACAUUGA